AACCAAAACCGAAAAAAAGUAACUCCAUAGUUAAGUGGUCAAAUAAAAUGUACGCCGUAGCGCAGUGCCCUGCUCACCCUUCCCCUGUCCACAUACACAAUAGUACAAUAGUAGUAGUUGUCUCUCUCCUCUCCUAGUAGACAGGCAAAGAGGGGCCAAGUCCUUAAAAAGCAAGUUGCGCAAAGUUACGACAUCACAAGAAAUAUAUACACCCCGACUCUCCGCAGUAAGCCAAAGCUCAGCAAUUGUAAUUUGUAAGAGAGAGACUGCUACCGCCAUUCAAAUUCCUCUUCCUUUUUUCUCUCUCCUCUUUUUUUAAUUUUCCCUCCGUGAAUGUCAAAGGUCGCUUCACUCUAACCCUAAUUCUUCGAUUUUCAUCAAUGGCGUCAAUGGCUCUUCGCUGUUUGUCAUCUUCUUCUUCGUCUUCUUCUACUUCCUUUUGCCCUACUUUUGCCCCUCCUCCUCUCUCGCCGCCUUGCCGCAUCUCUCUUCCUUUUUCCGUUAAAUGUAAUGGUUCGGAGCCGUUGGAGACGGUUAAUGGACGACCAUCUGUCCCAAUCCUCGACGAGCAAUCUCUGCCAAAGUUCCUGCACUCGAGACGUUUAGAGAAUUCUGUAAAUAGGAGUAAUACAAGGCUGAAACUGUUUUCAGGGUUGGCAAAUCCUGCUCUGGCUAAGGAAGUUGCUUGGUACAUGGGUCUGGAGCUGGGAAAAGUUAAGAUAAAACGCUUUGCAGAUGGCGAGAUUUAUGUGCAGCUGGAAGAGAGUGUCAGAGGGUGUGAUGUAUUUAUCAUUCAACCCACAAGCCCUCCGGCAAAUGAAAAUCUAAUGGAGCUUUUAGUUAUGAUAGAUGCUUGUCGUAGAGCAUCAGCUAAAAAUAUCACUGCUGUGAUUCCAUAUUUUGGAUAUGCUAGAGCAGAUAGGAAGACUCAGGGCCGUGAAUCCAUUGCUGCCAAACUAGUUGCAAAUCUCAUUACAAAGGCAGGUGCUGACAGGGUGCUGGCAUGUGAUCUCCAUUCUGGGCAAUCAAUGGGAUACUUUGAUAUUCCUGUAGAUCAUGUAUACUGUCAGCCUGUGAUACUUGAUUAUCUAGCAAGCAAGGGUAUUGCUUCAAGUGACUUGGUUGUAGUUUCCCCUGAUGUUGGAGGAGUUGCAAGGGCCCGUGCUUUUGCCAAAAAGCUGUCUGAUGCACCUUUAGCCAUUGUGGAUAAAAGACGGCAUGCUCACAAUGUAGCUGAGGUGAUGAAUCUUAUUGGUGAUGUGAAAGGAAAAGUCGCUGUUAUGUUGGAUGACAUGAUAGACACUGCUGGUACUAUUACAAAAGGUGCAGAAUUGCUGCAUGAAGAGGGGGCUAGAGAAGUCUAUGCAUGUUGCACUCAUGCUGUUUUUAGUCCACCAGCAAUUGAGAGAUUGUCCAGUGGUUGUUUCCAGGAAGUGAUCAUUACAAACACAGUUCCAGUGGCAGAACAUAACUUCUUCCAACAGCUGACUGUUCUUUCGACAGCAAACCUUUUGGGGGAAACAAUUUGGAGGGUUCAUGACGACUGCUCCGUUAGUAGUAUAUUUCAGUGAAAUUAGUCAGUCCACCAACAUAGUAGCGUAUCCUAUAGAGCCAAAUCUUUUGCAGGUGCCUUCUGUUUCUUUGGUGUCCUCGUUAGUUUCUUGCCUUCAUAAACAUACAGGGUUAAUGUAAGCUAGUUAUUAUCCGAUGUAGUACAAAGAGUAGCAUAAAUAUUGUCGGAUCAAGUUCCCCUUUGGGUGGUAACAGGCAUUCCUAAUAAUUAGGAUUGCAUUUGUAUAUUUUAGUGUCGCUUACAGUUAAAUUCUAGAUUUGAGUUCAAGCCGAAGGUUUAUUUUUGGUUGCAUUUUGAAUAAUUUGUGAUGCUGAGAUCAAUUUUAUCUAUUUUCGAAAAUAGAGCUAAAUAAAACUUGCUUGAUAAUUACUCGGCA